GAGGGACUCGAGGCACAGAACAGCUUAUUGGUAGGCAGCGGGCUGCUCUCUUGAUGGAUUGACUCUGAAUGGAUCGAAUUACACCAUUUGCUGUGCAUCAGUUUGUUUUUCUCCUGGCAUCGUCUGUGAAGCAAGUUAAGAGAGUUGCCGAUUUGGUUUGCGAGCAAUACACGGGGAUACAAAAUAACAAUUCAGAUGAGGUUCCACAACUGGAUAAAGAAAGUUCCGACUCACAGUGAAAUCGACAUGAAGUCCAUGUAAGAUGAGUGAAUCUGAUCAAGCGGAUUGAUGAGAGAAAGAAACAGACUUCGGCAUCUAACAGGACCUCACAAAGCUUUCAUGAAUGUUUGGGAGUCUUCAGGUAGCAUCGACAGUUUUGCGGAACAGGAAGUGUCAGCUCUCUGCGUGAGCCAUGGGCCCGAGAGCACAGCUCCUCCUCAGCUUGGUGCUUCUGGCGGCUUCGCACAUCUGGGCGGUCAGCUUUCCUGAAGACAGCGUUCCCAUUGACACCAUAGACUACCACUACUCAAAGCAGUAUCCGGUAUUUAGAGGGCGUCCAGCAGGCAAUGAAUCUCAGCACAGGCUGGACUUUCAGCUGAUGACAAAAAUUCAAGACACGCUCUUCAUUGCCGGAAGAGACCAGGUGUACUUGGUAAGCUUGCGAGAGACAUACAGAACCGAGAUCAUACCUUACAGGAAAUUAACGUGGCGAUCCGGCCCAGGAGACCGAGAAACAUGUGCCAUGAAGGGGAAGCAUAGAGAUGAAUGCCAUAAUUUUAUUAAAGUUCUGGUACCUAGAAAUGAUGAUCUUGUGUUCAUCUGCGGCACAAAUGGCUUUAACCCCAUGUGCAGAUACUACCGGUUGGAUAACCUGGAAUUUGACGGAGAGGAAAUAAGUGGCUUGGCGAGGUGCCCAUUCGAUGCCAAGCAGACCAACGUGGCCCUCUUUGCUGACGGGAAGCUUUACUCAGCCACGGUGGCGGACUUCCUGGCCAGCGAUGCAGUCAUCUAUCGCAGCAUGGGGGAUGGGUCUGCCCUAAGAACCAUCAAGUAUGACUCAAAGUGGUUAAAAGAACCACACUUCCUGCAUGCCGUGGAUUAUGGGAAUUAUGUGUAUUUCUUCUUCAGGGAAAUCGCAGCUGAGCACAAUAACUUGGGAAAGGCGGUGUAUUCCCGGGUGGCGCGCAUAUGCAAGAACGACGUGGGCGGGUCCCAGCGCGUGCUGGAGAAGCACUGGACCUCCUUCGUUAAGGCGCGCCUAAACUGCUCUGUUCCGGGGGAGUCCUUUUUCUAUUUCGACGUCCUGCAAUCCAUCACCGACAUAAUAGAAAUCAACGGAAUCCCUACUGUGGUCGGCGUGUUCACCACGCAGCUGAACAGCAUUCCCGGCUCGGCGGUCUGCGCGUUUUCGAUGGCGGACAUCGAGAAGGCGUUCAGAGGCCGGUUCAAAGAACAGAAGACGCCCGACUCCGUGUGGACGGCUUUUCCGGAAGAGCGCUUGCCAAAGCCCAGGCCCGGCUGCUGUGCGGGACACGGCUCGGCAGAGGCGUACAAAACCUCCAUUGAUUUCCCGGACGAAACCCUGCUCUUCAUCAAAUCCCACCCUCUGAUGGACACCGCCGUGCCGUCUGUCAGCGAGGAGCCCUGGUUCACCAAGACUCGCGUCAGGUACAGGCUGACCGCCUUGGCUGUUGAUAAUUCGGCCGGCCCCCACCAGAACUACACGGUGGUUUUCAUUGGCUCUGAGGCCGGCGUGGUCCUCAAGGUCCUGGCGAAGACUUUGCCCUUCUCCAUGAAUGAAAGCGUCUUUCUGGAGGAGAUCGACGCAUUCAACCGAGCCAAGUGCCUGUACAACAGCGAGGAGGACCGUCGCAUCGUGUCUCUCCACCUGGACAAAGAGACCCAGGGGCUGUUCGUGGCCUUCCCCGGCUGCGUGGUCAGGCUCCCUCUCAGCCGCUGCGAACGACACGGCUCCUGCCACAAGUCCUGCAUCGCGUCACGUGAUCCGUACUGUGGGUGGAUGCCGCACGGGGCCUGUGAAACUCUCCAGCCGGGCGUGCUAUCUGGGUUCGAGCAGGACGUGGAGUACGGCAACACUGUGCGACUGGGCGACUGUCAUGAAUUUUUGGCUACUACACCUACGCCAGAUUACAAAUCAUUUGGCGACCCAACAUCUGACGUGGAGUUGUCAUCACCGUCAGUCACAACAGCGGCAUCUGGCCGCACACAGUCACCCCAAAUCAUUGCCACACAGACACCUGAACCGUUUGGUUCGAGGAAAUUUGUCCUCCAAGACGAUCCAGCCACUUCACAUUCUUUUGACUCAUUACCAGGUAUCCUGGAUGGUGUUUGGGAGGUGCAGUCAGGGGAAUCCAACCAGAUGGUGCACAUGAAUGUCCUGAUCACCUGCGUGUUUGCGGCUUUCCUGCUGGGGGCGCUCAUCGCAGGAAUGGUGGUCUACUGCUACCGCGACGCCUUCUUACGGAAGCCCAGGAAGAUCCACAAGGAUGCAGAGUCCGCCCAGACCUGUACUGACUCUGCUGGCAGCUUUGCAAAGCUCAACGGCCUGUUCGACAGCCCCGUGAAGGAAUACCAGCAGAACAUGGAUUCUCCCAAGCUAUACACUAACCUACUGAGCAAUGGGAAAGACGUGGUAUCAAACGGAGAAACGAAGACGAUGAUACUGAGCAGCCAGUGUCAGCCACCAGAGCUGGCGGCCCUCCCGACGCCAGAGUCCACGCCUGUUCUUCAGCAGAAGAGCCUGCAGCCCACCAUAAAGAACCAGUGGGAGAAGGCCCACAGCAAGAUCAACGGUCCUCGCCGGGAUUCUCCACCGAAAAGCCCCCAGUACUUUCCCUCCAGCCCUCCCCCGCACUCCCCGCUGGGACACGCCCACAUCCCUAGCGCCGUGGUCCUUCCCAACGCCACUCACGACUACCGGGCCUCCUUUACAAACGCGGCGGACAUGCUGCGCUCCGAGAGGAAGGUCCAAAACGCGGACCAGCCCAGAUCCGGCAGGAAGGAUCACAGGCGCUCCGUGGACGCGCGGAAUACACUGAAUGACCUGUUGAAACAUUUUAACGACAGCGGCAAUCCGAAAGCCAUUAUGGCGGACAUGCCCAAGUCCCGGCAGAACAUGAUGCUGGACCCCAUGAUGAGCAUGACGGAGAUACCGCCCAAAGUCCCCAGCAGGGAGGCAUCGCUGUACUCCCCCUCCUCAUCCCUGCCCAGGAACAGUCCCACGAAAAGGGUUGAUGUGCCAACCACACCAACUACGCCAACAGGACAAAUGAACACUUUAGAAAGACAGAGGGGCUACCACAGGAACUCUUCGCAGAGGCAUUCCAUAUCAGCCCUUCCCAAAAACGUGAACUCGUCAGGCGGGGCCGUCGUAUCGCGGCAGCCCAGCAUGAACAGAGGGGGGUACAUGCCUCCCGCACCCCCUUCCCGGCUGGACUCGCACGGGGUGUCCAUGGGGGUCCACCAACAGCCCUCUGUUUCCAGACAGAGCAGUUACAGUGGGCACGGCUCUCUCCCCCGCACGGGGGUCAAGAGGACGCCCUCUUUAAAACCAGACGUUCCCCCAAAACCCAACGGGUUUGUUCCACAGACUACACAAAUGAGAGUAGUGAACAAAUACAGUUACUGAGAAGUGCGCACAGCUGGUUUCACUCUGUCGAAGAGCUGACGGCUUUAAGGUUAAGGCCUGGGGAGGGUUUUCUGAUGUUGCUGAAGUCCCAACUGACUGCACGUUUUGAAAAGGGAAAUUACAAGUGGCCAAAGAAGCUACUUUGGGCAGUGUCUCAUCCUUGUUUCAAUUUACAUCUUUGAAAGUGUAAACCACAGGCCCAUUCAAAAGUAUUCUUUUUCUGCCCGAGGACACAGGUUGGUCCUGACAUCUGUUGUGUUCGUGUAUCUAGAGUGACAGAGAACAAACGGCAUGAAGGAACUUGAUUGUUCAUUUUAUGCAGGCUUGCCAUUCCGGCAUUACCGAUUUAACACGCAAGAAUACUUGAAGAAUGAGUUUCAUUACUCACUGCCACUGAGCACUGUCUUCCCAUUAAAUGUGAACACUCACUAAACGAGAACAAAUGUAUGCAUUUGUCAAGCUGGGCAUAAAGUCUAAAACAUUAAACGUAAUAUAUAUGUGGAAUCGCAAACACAUGAUCUUGAUGAAAAAUGCAUCUACGGAUGAUUGUAGCAGAGACAUUUCUUUUGGGGCCGAAUACUGGCCUCAAAAUGAAGGCUAGUCCUGUGUGUAACGUUCACACAGGAAAUGGAAUGCACUUAUAAUGUCUGUUGUGCAGUCAGUCGGUUAAAAAUGAGAACAACUUGUUAGUCGUAAAACAACUACUUUCUAAGGUACAUUAAUAUUAGGUUUUUAUGGACAUUAAUGGACAUUUUGUGGAAAUUCAUGUACAGACAUUAAUCGUGGGGGUUUAGCUGUACGUGCUAUGAAUGUCCAGGGUGCCUACUUGGACUACAGUUUUAACUCACUGGGAAAUUACUAAACGUAUUUGCUGCUAUUGGUUAAUAUGACAAUGUUGUUUGUGCAUUUUGGACUCAAAAGCAUUGCUUCCAUUUAGCUCUGGUUGUCUUGCGUGUGCAUUUUGGUUCUUGAGGUGUCAGGUCCCUGAUCUGCAGCUACAUUAUUUAAUGAAAUGUUCAUCAGCAAGGUCAGUAUGACCUUGCCAUCUUUGUGGGUGAGCAUGUGGUUUCAAGGGAGUCUCUGAUAGUUCCAUGAAAAAUGCUGAUGCCGGUCAUUUCAUAAACAGCCUGGGUGAGUCGAAGUAGGACCAGAGGUGGCGUUUCCCCAGAGAGUCUUGGUCUUGCCUGGACUGCAUGGCUGCCAUGUGUUUUUGAAUUGAGGCUCAUCUUUGAGGAACCUCAGACAGUGCAUCUCUGUAUGCCAAAAUGCAUGUCUGUCACUAUAGCCUUUGUCUCUGUGUGUCACUGAGAAUUAAAAACAAACGGAACUACAUUUGUAAUGAUUCUAGUUUUCUGCAAAGGGAAGAAGAUACUAUAUUUGGUUUCCUGAAACAUGAGCAAACUCAGCAGCUAGACAAACGAUAAUUGUGCAAUCGUUAAGAGUAACCAGUGUGUCCUGAACAAAAGUCAUGCUGGUAAUGACAAUAUUGUGUACAUAUAUAAAUAUUAAAAAAUAUAAAUAUUUUUUAGGCGAGUUUACCUGAAUCUGUGCAUUGUGUGCCUUAUUCAAUUAAUGAUCGUAAAUGUAGAAACUGUUCAUUUUUCUUGAACAUUAUGCAUUGUGUUCUCUAGGGUACAGUGAGAAAUCGGAGGGGGCUAUGUAGAGUGUUCUACUCUCAAAACUACAGGUUUGAGGAAAUAAGAGCCAAUUUAGUGACAAACAUUACAUUUCAGGAUACGAGAUCAGUCUAAAUCACAAUGGCCUCACUUAAUUGACUUAAAGUUUAUUUUACAGGCUUCCCUUGUCAUACACCACUUUACUAUGCACAGUCCUUGUGCUUAAACAGGGUGCUAACACUGAGGUGCCAUGCAGCGGGUGAGUUAUAAUAAUUGGUUAUAAUAAGUGUUCCUUUUCAUGCUGAACCGUUAGCCUGGUGGAUUUGGAUUUGUACGUGAAAUUGCGGAAAUGGUGUUUCAGUUAAUUUGGUUAAUUUUAGUACUUGUAAAGGUCGGUGUAACAAAGAGAAAUUAAGUUAAAUGGAUACAUGUACAGUCUGAACAGGUUCAUUGUUAAUGCACUCAGUAGGCCAGAGAGAUGAGAUGGUGGACUUUUUCAAUUUGGCACACAAAAAAAGUAUAUUCAGUUCAAUUAUUGAAGAGGCCAUUGCCACAUUUCAGUAUCUUACAGUUAACUUGUACUUAAACUGAGAUGACGGUUGUCUGUAUGAACCCAAAGUUAUAUUUUGUUUACAAACAAUGAUUGUAUUUUUUAAAAUGCCUAUUCGUGAAGUUGGAUGUCACUACCUGCAAUUAACCAGUUUUUGUACGGAGAAAGAGCCGUACAGGUAUUUGAUCCUAGGAAGUCUGUAUUGUUAACCUGCCUUGUAUAUUGCCGUAUGAAUACAGUCUUCAUUCUGAUUUCUUCAAGCCUUUACAUUUCAGUUGCAAUGCUUUGUGUGCAAAUAAACAAGAAAUUGUCAACAUUUCAUUUUUUUUUAAUACUGUGCAAAUUUACAGAUGGAAAACGGUUGUAUGUUUUACAGAGUAUUUUAACGUGUAGAUAUGUUGUAAACUUGUACUGUGAAUGUGUAAAUAAUUUCCGCUUACUGGUUUUGGAUUUUUU